UCUGCAUUCAUCGUCAUCAUGGCAUUGUCUAGUUGCAUGGUUUUUAUUGUGGUGAAUCUAAUCCUAUGUCUCACUUUCCCAAACCUGAUGGAAUCCCGACCAAUUGAACAAACUCCAGCGGACAAAAGGUUCUGGAAGAAAGCCCCAAUUUUCCCUUAUUGGGGGCCCUUCGGCUGGCACAGUUCGGCACUCGCUUGUCCGUUCAUCUAUGGUCCUUACUCCCAAUAUUCUGGGCGUGGGUGUGCCGGGCCUAUUCCGCCAUUUACGACACCACCCCCUCCACCUCCUCCUCCUCCUCCUCCAGCCCCAUCCACCCCUCCGACAAAGCCCCCAGUAGAAGAAAUGCAGAAACCAUAUUAUUACAGCAACCAGUCUCAAGAGGAUGAUGAGAUGGGAGACGAUGAUGGGGAAUAUGAGACUAAUGAGACGUAUGGACACGACAAUGAUGAGAAUUAUUACGGAAAGCUCAGACGGACAAUCCUACUCAUCCCCCUCGCCACCCCCAGUCCUCUGGAUCCUCCUGUAAUACAGUCUCGGGAAUACCCCCCACCGAUCGGAUAUUUGGAACCUCAACCUCCAUUCUAUUUUUUACCCAUGGCUGCCCCCGUUUGGAAGGUUUGGCACCCACACGGCUAUUUCAACCUCUGUCCAUACGUCCGUCCACUUCCGUUUGACUGGCUAUGGAACCAGGGAUGUCGACCUUUGGCACCACCACCACCACCGCCACCACUCCAACGACAUCACUUAUCAAGACCACAACCACACCUCCCCACAUCGUCACGUAUGCCCACAAUUAAGCAUGAAACUACUUCACAUACCGAGGACCCCGGUGAAGACGAUGAUAAGUACUCCGAAAAUGACACUUCUUACGAUAUUAAUGACUCUUAUGACAAAUAA